AUGCACUCGUCGCUCGUGCGGAUACAGAAUGUAUUCGGUUUCUUCACAACCGUGGCCUUCAGUCUGGGACUCUUGAUAGCGCUGAGCGUUGUCGUCUCACACCAGAACCCGACGGCAGAGCUCGAGCUGCGCAACGUCCAGGGUCGUCCCCACUACUACAGUACCAAGAAGGAGGAAUACGCACACAUCAAGUUCGACCUCGAGACCGAUCUCAGAUCUCUCUUCUCCUGGAACACCAAACAGGUCUUUGUCUACGUGACCGCAACCUUCCCUUCCAAAUCCCCUCUUUCUCCUCCUUCAGAAGCCAUCAUCUGGGACGCCAUCAUCCCCGCUCCCUCCGAACCCUGGCACCAAAACACCUACAUCCACCCCCAAAAGAACCGCAAAUUCCCCUCGCGCCGCCAAAACACCGCCGCCGCAAACCACAAAUCCUACCCCGAAGGCACCAGCCCCGGUAUUUUGAAACUCUCAAACCAAAAGCCCAAAUACCAAAUCACAACCCCUUGGUCCAAGAUUGGCGGGGCCGAGAACUGUACUUUGCAGUUCAAGUAUAAUGUGCAGCCGUGGGUGGGUGCGUUGUAUUGGAGUUCGCCUAGACCGUUUGGCAUGUGGGAGGGUUUGCAGGGGGCCAUGAGUGAUGUGUUUGACAUGCCGGUGGUUAAGAACUCCGCACAGGCGAGCAAGAGCAAGGAGGAUCUCAAGACCGAGACAGGUGGUGAGAGGAACAGAGGAAGCCCUGCUUAG